UUUGCACUUCAUGCCAUCGUUCUUGGUGCAGGCAUGAUGCUGUCUUGCAAUUCAUGCCCAGAUGGCCUCAGCGGUGUUCAGCCCAACGAGGAGCAAGCCAGUCAGCCCAUAGAUGUUGGUGACCCAAUGAGAUGGGGUGAGAGAACUAAUCGACUGUUGAAAAGUGAUAUGUCGUUGUUUGGGCUAUGUAUGUUUGCACUUUGGUCAUCCAAUCUGAGAGAGGGCUCGAGUACACACAGUAGCUUCACUUUGGUGUCGAGUUUGCCCUAGCAUCGGUCCAUUCUACUCAACUCUGCUUAGCCUCAUGGAGACAGUUUUCAAUCAUUAGAUAUUCAGCCUCGCUUCAAGUGCUGAAAUAGAAACUAUCGUUCUCGCUCAGCACCGCCUCGUUCAUCAGCCUCACCGCCUCUGGCUUCGUCCCGCUCCCUCCCGCUUCCGUUCCCCUCCCGCUGGGCAUCUUUCAGCUACCGAUCGGGCUCCGUGAUGACCGUCCUCUGCAGUUAGAGGACCCGUUUCAUCACGGGGGUUGAUGAACGCCUGAGGCGUAUCAUGGGAACCGAUGUUGCUUUUGCUGGGCCGAUUGCCUUGUCAGGAUGUUCCUGGGCUGAUACUUACAGACAAAGAAAGUUCACGGAGUCGUCGGAUUAAUCAAUGAACGAGCCAACUUUGUUGUGACAUCUCCACUCGGACCCUGAAUUGACGAUGGAUGAUCUGGUGAGACCCGGAGCAUCGGAUGCCUCACCUCAUCAUACAUGAACAUUGUGGCUCAUUCUUACGACGUUCGCACAAGCAAUUCAUCAGCUCUCAUCAGCUACCGCGGGCCCCGAGGUAGAUUCAUGUUGGAUCUGAAGAGAAAGAUUCAAUUGAAGGUCUUACUCGCCACUACCAGCCACUUCAAUUAAAGAGGUACUUUGGACACAAGCUUUGUGCAACCGAAAAAUCAGGUACCGAAUUUUCGUACACCACUACGGAAUCGCCUUCUACUAAGACUGAUUAUUCAAGGGGAAUUACGGAUAGUUUCUUUCGGACAUGGAGAUUACUCAAAUCCAGUAAUUGAUCUAAAAUCCGACACCGAAUCUGACCCUGCAUCCUUGAAAAGAUGAUCAUAAUCAUGCUCAAUUCGUUAUUCGUUAUUCGGCUC